GGCGCUCAUCCAGUGCGUGCGCACGCCGAUGGAAGUUGUCGCCGAUCCGUCAUUAAUUCCAAAUUCCAUGUAUUACAUAACGAAAGUCAACAUACCACCCCUCAAUCGGUGCUUCAAUUUAUUCGGGAUCGACGCCAAUGUGUGGUAUAAAGAAAUCUCCCAUCGUUCCAAUUUCGACCACAUUGCACACUUGGCAGGUGACAAUCCAAAGUCUACGAUUCGUCAGUUCGAAGGUUCCGCGGCGUGCAUCACCUGUGGGGAACAGACCAAUAAAGAGAUUUGUCCAGAUUGUCUUUCGCAAGCCGGACCAUUCUCGUGCUCCUCGAGAAGAUAAAACAGUUGGAAAGAAAUCAUCAGCAGAUUACUGCUAUUUGCCAUUCCUGUAUUGGACGAUUGGGUGACAUAAAAUGCGUGUCUUUGGACUGUCCGAUUUUAUAUCAACUAGCACAAGCUUGCAAGGAGCUCGCGCAGGUUUCCCACAUCAAUAGUGCUAUUUACGGAAAUAAUUCCAGCGGAAUUAAGGAAUUAAAUGCAGUUGCUGAAUGGUAUUAAUUACAAUGAAAAUAAGUUCUUCAUUUGAUACAGUAUAAAAGAAAAUUUAAUGUUCUAAUUUUAUUUUAAAUUAUAUUUUUAUAAAAUAAUAUCAUUAAUAUUGUUACUAAAUAAAACUCAAGACGGGC